AUGUCCGUUCUUUUCACCAGUAUAUCAGAGAAUAACCCUGUCAAGCCAGGAGAUGCUGAGGCUCUCAUAGAGCACCUAGGCCUUACGAUCGAUCCUUCGGAAUCGGAUGAUUUUCAAACGUUGUUAGCAGCGGUCCAUGACUGCGCAGAAGGUGUCGCGGCCCUGCCAGAUUAUCAGCCGAUCCCUGAUCAGCUCAAGUAUCCGCGAGAGAACAUUCGUCGACCAAGUAAAGAAGAGCAGGUGUUUGGCCAAGCCUGGGCCCAUCGGUUUCUUAUCCGAGGAAAGGAAGGAGGCGUGUUGACUGGCAAAUCAGUCAGUCUUAAGGAUGUCAUUGCAGUAGCUGAAGUACCUCAGCUAUUGGGUAGCGAUAUCAUUCCAUCAUGGACGCCUUCGACAGAUGCGACCGUGGUGACACGACUUCUUGAGGCCGGGGCUGAUAUUCAUGGGACAUCAACAUGUGAAAAUCAUUGCCAUUCUACAUCCUCAUAUACUAGUGCUCAAGGCACUAUUGAGAAUCCUCACGCGACAGGGUACUCAGCUGGAGGUAGCACGUCAGGGGGCGCUGCUCUGGUCGCAGCGGAGCUAGUCGACAUUACCAUUGGAGGUGACCAGGGGGGGAGUAUCAGGGUCCCAGCUUCAUUUUGUGGAUGUGUUGGCUUGAAGCCAACAUUCGGACGUGUUCCCUUUACUGGAGUUUCCAGUGGUGAUGCCAUAAAUGAUCAUGUCGGCCCAUUGGCUCGCACAACGAUGGAAGUGGCAACAUGUCUAGAUACCAUCAGUGGAUACGACGGCAUUGACGAUAGAUCGCUGGGCAGUUCGAAGCCAGGCUCAACCAGCUUUGCAACCAGCAUCAAGGGCACAGAGAGACUUGAUGGACUGCGGAUUGGAAUUCUCAAAGAAGGAUUUGAGCACGAUGCCGUAUCAUCAAGUGUCCGACACUCGGUGCUGACUGCUGCCAAGAAACUCGAAGAUUUGGGCGCAACUAUCGAAGAAAUUUCUCUCCCAGACCAUUUGCAUGGGCCAGCAAUCUGGACCAUCCAACAGCGAAUGGCCGGUGCACAGACAUUACUGGGUCAAAAUACCGGGCGACGUGGCCUGUACAUGACGGAGAUGGAGCAGGCCCGAUUACCUUGGACAGAUGAAGGCUUCCAACGAGCCUUCCCAUCCACAAAGAAUGUGAUUAUCAAUGGCCUGUAUUUGAUGUCUCGCUUCCCGGGUCUUUAUGGAAAAACUGCCAAUAUUGGGCGGCAGUUGAGUGACAAGUACCAGGCGUUGUUUGAGAAGUUUGAUGCAAUUGUCAUGCCCACAACGCCGGUCGUGGCUCCCAAGCAUGGAAAGCGUGGCCAGCCAGUGGAGUCACUUAAGCCAAGUAUGGGGCUAACAAUCAAUACUGCAAUUUUCAAUGUGACAGGACACCCCGCAUUGUCAAUUCCAAUUGGAUUUGCACCUGCCAAGGAAGAUGAUCAGGUCAUGCUACCUGUUGGUAUGCAGAUUGUUGGUGGGUUGUGGCAGGAAGAGAAAGUGUUGCGAGUUGGACAUGUUUGGGAGACUCACUACGACUGGAAGAAGAUGCAGUUCACGACUGAUCAGAACUAG